UCGUCAGGAACCUUCAAAGUUGAAACCCUUCUUGAGCGACCAACUAUAACCACUCGGCGACCCCCAAUCCGACGAACCAUCACAACCCAGGAACUGCUUCUCACUUACCGCCCUCAUUGUCGCUCUACGGGAAGGCAGCCAGAAUGACCACGCCUGUAUCCGCGCCGGCAGAGGGAAAGGCUUUGGCGAUCAGGACGAAAGAUGCCGCCCCACAGCGAAAACAGCAGAAACAGAAGAAGCAACCUUCCGAUAAUGCUGCAGUACCCGCCAAAUCGCCGAAGCUGAAGUCGAAAUCAAAGCCGCAGGUUCCCAACGGUGUAGGCUCAAAGCCAGAGAUUACCAAGGCUGUGAACAGAAACUCGGCGAGCGCUGCGCCUACAGGGCCUAUUACGACAGUACCACAGAAGUCGAUAGGCGAGAAGAAGAAAAAGAGGAAGGUUUUCCCUCGAGCAGGAGGGAAAGUGGGUAUUGCUGGGAGCGGAGAGAUCGCGACGAAGAAUGAAAGCUUUCCUACACUCGCACCCACACCCGCACCCAACUGGAAGCUCUCACCGUUUCUUGGUGGUCGCUAUGCGAAACUCGAUCCGGUGUUUACCAAAGAUGAGAAGCACUUGCUGGUGGCCCAGGCGCUGUCGCUGAAAAUAUACUCCAUAAAAACAUCGCUCCUAGUUCGCACGAUCACGGUGCAGGCAUCAAACUCGGCCCAUACGACACCCGAGCAUGUUGUUUCGUAUUUCAUCGACCCGAAGUCGGAUGACCGUGUCUAUAUCGCAACCUCGAAUUCGCAGCUUUACCUUUACGACCUGACGACUGGCAAGCAGUUCGGCAACCCGUGGAAGCUGGCAUUGGGCCCCCUCCGGCAUGUGUGUGUUUGCCCGGACCAGAAGCUGGAGUCAUCCGAAUCGGAGGUUGUUUACGCGGUUUCGCAACUCUUGGAUGACAGCUAUUCCGUUUGGCGUGUUACGCUGUCUGGGCCUAAGGUCGGCGGGAAGGCGAUGAUCUACUCGACCAGAAACAAUAUUACCAGAUUACAUGCUGCGGACGCUGGACGUGCCGUCUGUCUUAUUGCCGCGAGAGAGAUCGUAGUUCUCAAUAGGGAGGGUACUGAGUGGCAUGCGCCGAGAGUGUACAAGAUGGCCAAUCCAUUGACUUGCAUGGACAUUCAAGUCUCGGAUAUGGCAACGAGCAAGAAGCCGAAGAAAAAUGGUGGACGACGCAGAGGCGACAUCGUCGUUGGUGACAACGCGGGUGCCCUAUAUGUGUUGCACGAUGUAAUCAAGUACAGUAAAGUAGAAACGGACCACACUCCCAGGAAGCUCCAUUGGCACAGAAUGGCGGUCUCGUCGGUGAAGUUUGCACUCGACGGAGCGUACAUCGUUUCUGGAGGCACGGAGACCGUUUUGGUUAUCUGGCAACUUGAGACUGGGCACAAGCAGUUCCUCCCCCACCUGGGCGCAGGUAUCAAUAGCAUCGUCGUUUCUCCACGGGGCGCUUCCUACGCCGUCAAUUUGUCGGACAACUCAGUCAUGGUCCUGUCGACUUCAGAGUUGAAACCGAAAGCCAACAUUGCCGGAAUCCAAUCUCAUGCGCAAUCACGACGGAACCGGGAGUCUCGCGUCGUUCCUUGUCUCCUCCACCCUACCAAAGCCAACAACCUCCUCAUAGCCACUCCGUCGAAUCAGCUUGAUCAGCACGCAUCGUCACCUUACCUCCAGACCUUUGAUACAUACUCAGACCGACACGUAUCGCGGCAAGCGCUGACAAGGACCAAUGCUACGAUCCUCAACCAAGGACCCGACAAGGCGUUCAUCUCAGAGCCGGACAUUACAUUCCUUGCUGCCACGAGUGACGGCCAUUGGCUUGCAUCGGUGGACGAGUGGCAACCCUCGAAGCGCGACGAAGUUUCACAGAGCCUAAACAUGGAGCGGAAACGGGAGGUGUUCCUCAGGUUCUGGCGAUGGAGUGAAGCUCGCAAGGAAUGGGAACUGAUUACUCGCGUCGACUCGCCGCAUCCCUCUCCAGAAGAAAUGGGCACCGAAAGCAUCUUCGACCUGAUCGCUGCACCGAACGGCCAUACAUUCGUUACCGCCGGUGCCGAUGGCUGCGUCAAGAUUUGGAAACCCAAGGUUCGUGCCAGACCCGGUGCUACCGCAGCCCCGGAGAACCAGAUUACCUGGGGCCUUCGCAAAUCCAUCAACUUUACCAAAAGACGCCACGAGGAAGGCGAGUCCCUUCCCCUUGUCCUCGCUGGCGAAGCCGAGCAACCCCAAAAAUCUUGGGGCAACGUCGCCUUCUCCGAGGACUCUUCCGUUCUCGCCGUCUCCUCCCCAGACGCCGGCUUUGGCAGCCACGAGGACUCUCUAAUCCACCUCAUCGACCCCACCACCGGCAGCAUUCGCCAAACCCUCGGCGGACUGCAAAUCGGACGUACCACCGGCCUCGCCAUCAUCGACCGCUACCUCGUCGCCUCCGGCAGCCAAAAGCUUCUAGUUUGGAACCUCGUGCACAGCCGCGUGGAAUGGUCCUACACCAUAACCGAGCUCCUACCCGCCCUGUUCGCGCCCACUCUCCACCUCGCAGUCGACCACAAGGAACGCACAAUCGCCGUCGCAGCCACAAUCUCAAAUAAGCGCAGCAACCACGGCAAAAUACUCGUCUGGAAGGAUGUCGCCGACCCCACGCCAGCCUGCAUCCACAACCUCGAGUCCGCAGUCUCUGCUCUCCGCUCCGCGGGUCCAGGAAAAGGCUUCUUUGUUGUGGACACCCAGGCCCGCAUCCAGUACCUCACCCCCGUCUUCGCCUCCCACGCCAGCGUCGCCUCGAUCGUUGCUUCCGGCCAAACUGUUGAAGCGGCUGAUGAGGAAACUGCACGUGCGCUCUCGGGAAUGUACAUUGCGGACACUAACGGCGAGGUGGACGCUAUGGACGUUGAUGACGGAGAGGCGGAGAUUGAGAAGGUAGUGGCAAGAGAAAAGCUCGAAGAAGUCUUCGAUGCCUUCGAGACGUACGAGCAGGGUGCUGUGCACGUUGCGUUUGAGCAGGUUCUGGGGCUGUUUGCUAAGAGGCCGUUGGGGGAUGAUGACGAGGAGGUUGAAGAGGUGGAUGCUCAGGGGGAGGAAAGUGAGAGCGAGGAGGAAAGUGAGGAGGAUGAUGAGGAUCAGGAUAUGGAAUGAACCCAGGACAGGUGAUGAUGGGGGAUAUUGUAUUCGUAUAUUUUUGGGCUGGCAAAGUAUUGUGAUUUUACUGCGGAUUAAUGCUUUGUG